GUACACCAACGACCACUCAUGGACCAACAACUGCAGUCACUUCAGUUCCAUCGCCAGUUGUGUCUAUUGAAGCAACUAUUGAGGAACCUUUUGUUCAAGAAUUGAAUGAUCCCAACAGUGAACAAUACCAAACUCUUCAAACACAAGUGAUAUCAAUGUGUGACUUCAUUUUCUUUGAAACGUUUGGAGGUAUUUUCAUCAGAACCAUUGUUAUUGGAUUCAGGCCACAAAUGGGAAACACUCAAGUAGAGGUGCAGCUACAGUUCAACAAUUCCGUAUCGACUGAUGAAAUUCCAGAAGCUGAUGUGGUGGUAGACACAUUGGUACAGGCUGUAAAUAGUCCCAACAACACUUUCAAUCUUACUUUAGAUUCAGACUCAAUAGCAGUCAUUCAACCAGAAACAACUACCCGUGUAUCCACAACUCAAGGGCCAACAACCAUCCUGGUACCACCAACGAAUGGACCAACUAACAGUACACCAACGGCCACUCAAGGAUCAACAACUGCAGUCACUUCAGUUCCAUCACCAGUUGUGUCUAUUGAAGCAACUGUUGAGGAACCUUUUGUUCCAGAAUUUAAUGAUCCCAACAGUGAACAAUACCAAACUCUUCAAACACAAGUGAUAUCAAUGUGUGACUUCAUUUUCUUUGAAACGUUUGGAAGUAUUUUCAUCGGAACCAUUGUUAUUGGAUUCAGGCCACAAAUGGGAAACACUCAAGUAGAGGUGCUGCUACAGUUCAACAAUUCCGUAUCGACUGAUCAAAUUCCAGAAGCUGUAGUGGUGGUAGACACAUUGGUACAGGCUGUAAAUAGUCCCAACAACACUUUCAACCUCACUUUGGAUUCAGACUCAAUAGCAGUCAUUCAACCAGAAACAACUACCCGUGUAUCCACAACUCAAGGGCCAACAACCAUCCUGGUACCACCAACGAAUGGACCAACUAACAGUACACCAACGACCACUCAUGGACCAACAACUGCAGUCACUUCAGUUCCAUCACCAGUUGUGUCUAUUGAAGCAACUGUUGAGGAACCUUUUGUUCCAGAAUUUAAUGAUCCCAACAGUGAACAAUACCAAACUCUUCAAACACAAGUGAUAUCAAUGUGUGACUUCAUUUUCUUUGAAACGUUUGGAAGUAUUUUCAUCGGAACCAUUGUUACUGGAUUCAGGCCACAAAUGGGAAACACUCAAGUAGAGGUGCAGCUACUGUUCAACAAUUCCGUAUCGACUGAUCAAAUUCCAGAAGCUGAUGUGGUGGUAGACACAUUGGUACAGGCUGUAAAUAGUCCCAACAACACUUUCAACCUCACUUUGGAUUCAGACUCAAUAGCAGUCAUUCAACCAGAAACAACUACCCGUGUAUCCACAACUCAAGGGCCAACAACCAUCCUGGUACCACCAACGAAUGGACCAACAAACAGUACACCAAUGACCACUCAUGGACCAACAACUGCAGUCACUUCAGUUCCAUCACCAGUUGUGUCUAUUGAAGCAACUGUUGAGGAACCUUUUGUUCCAGAAUUUAAUGACCCCAACAGUGAACAAUACCAAACUCUUCAAACACAAGUGAUAUCAAUGUGUGACUUCAUUUUCUUUGAAACGUUUGGAAGUGUUUUCAUCGGAACCAUUGUUACUGGAUUCAGGCCACAAAUGGGAAACACUCAAGUAGAGGUGCAGCUACAGUUCAACAAUUCCGUAUCGACUGAUCAAAUUCCAGAAGCUGAUGUGGUGGUAGACACAUUGGUACAGGCUGUGAAUAGUCCCAACAACACUUUCAACCUCACUUUGGAUUCAGACUCAAUAGCAGUCAUUCAACCAGAAACAACUACCCGUGUAUCCACAACUCAAGGGCCAACAACCAUCCUGGUACCACUAACGAAUGGACCAACUAAUAGUACACCAACGACCACUCAUGGACCAACAACUGCAGUCACUUCAGUUCAAUCACCAGUUGUGUCUAUUGAAGCAACUGUUGAGGAACCUUUUGUUCCAGAAUUUAAUGAUCCCAACAGUGAACAAUACCAAACUCUUCAAACACAAGUGAUAUCAAUGUGUGACUUCAUUUUCUUUGAAAUGUUUGGAAGUAUUUUCAUCGGAACCAUUGUUAUUGGAUUCAGGCCACAAAUGGGAAACACUCAAGUAGAGGUGCAGCUACUGUUCAACAAUUCUGUAUCGACUGAUCAAAUUCCAGAAGCUGAUGUGGUGGUAGACACAUUGGUACAGGCUGUAAAUAGUCCCAACAACACUUUCAACCUUACUUUGGAUUCAGACUCAAUAGCAGUCAUUCAACCAGAAACAACUACCCGUGUAUCCACAACUCAAGGGCCAACAACCAUCCUGGUACCACCAACGAAUGGACCAACUAACAGUACACCAACGACCACUCAUGGACCAACAACUGCAGUCACUUCAGUUCCAUCACCAGUUGUGUCUAUUGAAGCAACUGUUGAGGAACCUUUUGUUCCAGAAUUUAAUGAUCCCAACAGUGAACAAUACCAAACUCUUCAAACACAAGUGAUAUCAAUGUGUGACUUCAUUUUCUUUGAAACGUUUGGAGGUAUUUUCAUCGGAACCAUUGUUAUUGGAUUCAGGCCACAAAUGGGAAACACUCAAGUAGAGGUGCAGCUACAGUUCAACAAUUCCGUAUCGACUGAUCAAAUUCCAGGAGCUGAUGUGGUGGUAGACACAUUGGUACAGGCUGUGAAUAGUCCCAACAACACUUUCAACCUCACUUUGGAUUCAGACUCAAUAGCAGUCAUUCAACCAGAAACAACUACCCGUGUAUCCACAACUCAAGGGCCAACAACCAUCCUGGUACCACCAACGAAUGGACCAACUAACAGUACACCAACGACCACCCAUGGACCAACAACUGCAGUCACUUCAGUUCCAUCACCAGUUGUGUCUAUUGAAGCAACUGUUGAAGAACCUUUUGUUCCAGAAUUUAAUGAUCCCAACAGUGAACAAUACCAAACUCUUCAAACACAAGUGAUAUCAAUGUGUGAUUUCAUUUUCUUUGAAACGUUUGGAGGUAUUUUCAUCGGAACCAUUGUUAUUGGAUUCAGGCCACAAAUGGGAAACACUCAAGUAGAGGUGCAGCUACAGUUCAACAAUUCCGUAUCGACUGAUCAAAUUCCAGAAGCUGAUGUGGUGGUAGACACAUUGGUACAGGCUGUAAAUAGUCCCAACAACACUUUCAAUCUUACUUUGGAUUCAGACUCAAUAGCAGUCAUUCAACCAGAAACAACUACCCGUGUAUCCACAAGUCAAGGGCCAACAACCAUCCUGGUACCACCAACGAAUGGACCAACAAACAGUACACCAACGACCACUCAUGGACCAACAACUGCAGUCACUUCAGUUCCAUCACCAGUUGUGUCUAUUGAAGCAACUGUUGAGGAACCUUUUGUUCAAGAAUUUAAUGAUCCCAACAGUGAACAAUACCAAACUCUUCAAACACAAGUGAUAUCAAUGUGUGACUUCAUUUUCUUUGAGACGUUUGGAAGUAUUUUCAUCAGAACCAUUGUUAUUGGAUUCAGGCCACAAAUGGGAAACACUCAAGUAGAGGUGCAGCUACAGUUCAACAAUUCCGUAUCGACUGAUCAAAUUCCAGAAGCUGAUGUGGUGGUAGACACAUUGGUACAGGCUGUAAAUAGUCCCAACAACACUUUCAAUCUUACUUUGGAUUCAGACUCAAUAAAAGUCAUUCAACCAGAAACAACAACCCGUGUAUCCACAACUCAAGGGCCAACAACCAUCCUGGUACCACCAACGAAUGGACCAACAAACAGUACACCAAUGACCACUCAUGGACCAACAACUGCAGUCACUUCAGUUCCAUCACCAGUUGUGUCUAUUGAAGCAACUGUUGAAGAACCCUUUGUUCAAGAAUUUAAUGAUCCCAACAGUGAACAAUACCAAACUCUUCAAACACAAGUUAUAUCAAUGUGUGACUUCAUUUUCUUUGAAACGUUUGGAAGUAUUUUCAUCAGAACCAUUGUUAUUGGAUUCAGGCCACAAAAGGGAAACACUCAAGUAGAGGUGGAGCUACAGUUCAACAAUUCUGUAUCGACUGAUCAAAUUCCAGAAGCUGAUGUGGUGGUAGACACAUUGGUACAGGCUUUGAAUAGUCCCAACAACACUUUUAACCUCACUUUGGAUUCAGACUCAAUAGCAGUCGUUCAACCAGAAUCAACUACCCCUGGAUCCACAACUCAAGGGCCAACAACAACCCUGGUGCCAACAGUUAAUGGACCAACAACCACCCUGGUAUCAACAACUAAUGGACCAACAUUCACCACAUCACAUGGGCAACAAACUACCAUGGUACCAACAACUAAUGGACCAACAAACAUCCAGUCAACAACAACUCAUGGACCAAUUAUCACCCUGGUACCAACAACUCAUCGGCAAACAGCUACCCAUGUACCGACAACUCAGGGACCCACAACCACCCUGAUAUCAACUACUCGUGGACCAACAACAGCCCUGGUGCCAACAGCUCAUGGGCAAACAUUCACUCAGGUCUCCACAACAAAUGGGCAACAAACCACCCUGGUACCAACAACUCAUGGACCAUUAACCACCCUGGUACCAACAACUACUGGACCAACAGCCACCCAUGUACCAGGAACUCAGGGACCAACAACCACCCUGGUACCAACAAGUCAUGAACCAACAACCACACAGGUAUCCACAACUCAGGGGCAAACAACCACCCUGGUACCAACAACACUCUUAGUACCAACAACUAAUGGACCAACAACAACUCUGUUAACAAUUAAUGGGCAAACAGCCACCCAGAUACCAACAACUAAUAGACCAACAACCACACAGUUAACAACUCAUGGACCAACAACCACCAUGGUAUCAACAACUAAUGGACCAACAUUCACCCAGGUCCCCACAUCAAAUGGGCAACAAAUCACCCUGGUACCAACAAUUCAUGGACCAUUAACCACCCCGGUACCAACAACUAAUGGACCAACAGCCACCAAUGUACCAACAACUCAUGAACCAACAACCACCCUAGUACCAACAAGUCAUGAACCAACAACCACCCAGGUACAAACAACUCAUGGGCAACCAACCACCUUGGAACCAAUAACUCAAGGGCCAACAACCACCCAGGUUUCCACAACUCACGGGCCAACAACUACACAGGUACCCACAAAUCAUAGGACAACAACCACCCAGGUUUCUAUAACUAAUGGACAAACAACAACCCUGGUACCAACAACUAAUGGACCAACAACAACUCUGUUAACAAUUAAUGGGCAAACAGCCACCCAGAUACCAACAACUAAUGGACCAACAAUCUUCCAGUUAACAACAACUCAUGGACCAACAACCACCAUGGUGUCAACAACUAAUGGACCAACUUUCACCCAGGUCUCCACAACAAAUGGGCAACAAACCACCCUGGUACCAACAAUUAAUGGACCAUUAACCACCCCGGUACCAACAACUAAUGGACCAACCGCCACCCAUGUACCAACAACUCAUGGACCAACAACCACCUUGGUACCAACAACUCAUGGACCAACAACACUCCUGGUACCAACAACUCAUGGGCAAACAACCACUUUGGAACCAAUAACUCAAGGGCCAACAACCACCCAGGUUUCCACAACUCACGGGCCAACAACUACACAGGUAACCACAACUCAUAGGCCAACAACCAUUCAGGUAUCCACAACUAAUGGACAAACAACCACCGAGUUAACAACAACUCAUGGACCAAUAACCACCCUGGUAUCAACAAUGAAUGGACCAACAUUCAACCAGGUCUCCCCAACUCAGGGCCAAACAACCACCCUGGUACCAACAACUCAUGAGCAAACAACCACCCUGGUACCAACAACACUCCUGGUACCAACAACUCAUGGGCAAAUAACCACCUUGGAACCAAUCACCCACACAACCACAACUCAUGGACCCACCACCUCCCAGACCCCCACGACGCAUGAGCCAACAACUACCCAUGGGCCAACCACCAUCCAGGUGCCUGCAACUAAUGGACCAACAACAAUCCAUGCACCAACAACAAUGCAUGGGCCCACACCAACUACUCUGACACCAAUGACUUCUGUAACCACUGCUGCAGCCACUUCUUCACAACCUGUUGUCAUUCUUUCUGCAACUUUGGAGGUAGUUUUUACGGAAGAUUUCAACAAUAUUACUAGUGUGCAGUACAGAGAUCUUGAAACACAAGUUGUCUCUGCGUGCAACAUGAUCUACAGGGAGAGAUUUGGUCUAAUCUUCCUCCGCACCUUCGUCAUCAGAAUUAUCCGUGCGGUCGUCAUCACGCGAAUGGACAACACGCAAGUGGACGUGGGACUCGAGUUCAGAGACAUUGAGUCAACCCCACAGAACGACGACGUUGUUACCACCUUGGAGGAAACGCUGAGGCAACCCAACAACUCGUUAAACAUCAGCAUCGUUCAGGACUCCAUUAAAGUCAUACAAUCCCCAAAUAGAGCAAAUUCAACGACGGCAAAACCUUCUUCCACCACCAAAAAGACAACGAUGACGCCAGUGCAGCUAACAACGCGGACGUUAAGGUUUACGUCUGACGAGACGUUUACCAGUGACUUGCUCAAUCAGUCGUCAGCUGCAUUUGUUGACCGAGCGAGGAUAAUCAAGACGACGCUUGAGCCUUUCUACAGCAGGGCCUUCUCAUCGUUCAACUCUUUGACAGCAACGUCAUUUAGUAAUGGCUCAAUCAUCAACAACAUGGACCUGAGGUUCACUUCGGGGUCGGUGCCCAACAACACCGCCAUUGGGAAUGUUUUGAUUGCCGCUGCGCCGAACAUCACGGCGUUCAACGUAAACACCACGUCCAUUUUUGUGAACGGCAUGCAAGUUUCAAGCGGAGCGAGCCACUUGACGAGCAUCAUCGGCGCAUCCUGCCUUGGGCUGUUGUCAUGGUUACUGUCCUGCCAGCACUAGCAUCAACCCCAGUGUAUUAUUUUAAUAUAUAGAUCGAUCGGUAAUAUAUAUUUUCAUUGCAUUUAGCGUUUCAGAAUCAAACAAUGGUGACAAUAAUCCAAAAUAGGCAAGUAUUGAGGUUUGUUUGGGUAGCUAAUAAGAUAUUAAGUGAAGAUGUGUAUUCCUGCAACGCAAUAUCACAUUACUGGCUGUGCUGUACAACAAUGUAAUGGGUAAACAAAUACACAAAUCACACUAUAUUUGCUCGUAUUUGCAAUUACUUUAAUUCCCAAAUGGUUUUUUUAAAUAUGACAAAGUAUAUUGCUCAUAACAUCCUGAAUGAAAAUUGCUUCUCUGUGCAAAAAACUAUUAAAAAACUUAAACGCAUGAUUCAUCAUUUUCUUUUUUGUAUAAAUAACAC